UUCUCCUUCCCCUCGCUCCGUUUCCGCCGGUUGAUUACUGUCUUCGGUUGCUUAAUCGACUUGCUUGACGUCCCAUGCUUCGAGGCCUGGGAAUCGGAAGGUAAAAGUUCACUCCAGUAAUUCCUUCCUGAGGGGUGGAACAGGAGUGCCGGUUGGUCAAGGUGUACGGUGCCUGCACGGCAAGAGCCCGUCCUUCUUUCCCCCAGCAAAAUUAGAAUUAGUAUAGUAUCAGUUCUUGGUCUUGACUCUUUUCAGGUAGCGCCUUCUAGUGCUACGUGCUAAGGCCACCCUUUGCUUUGCUGGUGCCUCAGGGGACAAAACCCAUAGAUUAAUUACUGAGAUAUUUUCCUACCUUCCUUUCGUUUACAAGUACCCUUGAUUGAUGAUUGAUCUGUCAGGCAGUCCAUUGCUACGCCCCCAUUCGUCAUUUUCAUGUUUCUGGGAUUUCCUCUUAGUUGUUUCUGUGAUACCGGAAAGAUUCAGCCUUCCCUCCUACACUGUAAUGGUUAUGCUUAUCUGAUAGUCAGUACCAGUACUGCAACAGCGAUUUCUGAAGGUCGACUAAUGUGAUGUCAAUCGCGUGCUGCUUGCCGGUCGUGGAGUGCGUGUACUGCCUGGCUUGUGCGCGGUGGGUGUGGCAGCGCUGCCUCCACUCUGGAGCCUACGACAGUGAGACCUGGGGUGUUGCAUCGGCUGAAGAGUUUGAGCCCGUGCCACGGUUGUGCCGGAUCAUCCUCUCGGUCUAUGAGGAUGACCUUGAGAACCCCCAAUGGGCGCCUCCAGGUGGUUAUGGCAUGGAGCCACGUUGGGUGGUGCACCGGAGGACAUAUGAAGACACUCAUGGUCAUGCACCAACUUACCUUCUGUAUGUUGAUCACCAACAUUCAGAUGUCGUGCUUGCUGUUCGGGGAAUGGACAUGAUGAAGGAGAGUGACUAUGCUGUCCUUCUGGAUAACAAGCUUGGGCAGAGGAGGUUCGAUGGUGGCUACGUGCAUAAUGGCUUGCUUAAGGCUGCUGAGUGGGUUUUUGAUGCUGAGCGUGAUGUUCUGAAGGACCUUCUGGAGAGGAACCCUGGUUAUACACUCACAUUUGCUGGGCAUUCUCUUGGCUCUGGUGUGGCGUCAAUGCUAGCUUUGCUGGCGGUACACGACAGGGAGCUGCUGGGUGGCAUAGACAGGAAGAGGAUUCGAUGUUUUGCAAUGGCACCAGCCCGAUGUAUGUCGCUCAAUUUGGCUGUCCGUUAUGCGGAUGUCAUCAAUGCAGUGAUUCUUCAGGAUGAUUUUUUGCCUCGCACAGACAUUCCUUUGGAAGACAUCUUCAAGUCACUCUUCUGCUUACCAUGCCUUCUAUGUGGAAGGUGCCUAAUAGACACCUGUAUACCUGAAAGUGUGAUGUUGAGAGAUCCAAGACGCCUCUAUGCACCUGGUAGGCUUUACCACAUUGUUGAAAGGAAACCUUUCAGAUGUGGAAGAUACCCCCCUCUUGUGAGAACAGCAGUUCCGGUGGAUGGGAGAUUUGAACGCAUUGUUCUCUCUUGCAACGCAACAUCUGAUCAUGCUAUUAUAUGGAUAGAAAGAGAGGCCCAAAGGGCAUUAGAUUUAUUGCUGGAGAGUGAGAAGACCACGAAAGCACCUGAGGUUCAAAGGAUGAGCGAUGAGAUCACUGUUACAAGAGAUCAUGACGAGGAGCAGCAGGAAGCACUGAGGCGUGCAAUCACGCUAGGGGUUGCUGAUGUAAAAAUGCCAUCUGCAUAUGGUACGUUCGAUGAAAAUCCUACUUCUGAAGCAGAAGAGGCCCCACUGCUAUCAGACAGCGGAAGGCGCAGGGCAGUAUGGGAGGAGUGGAUCGCAAGGAUAUUUGAGAAGGAUGAAUCAGGGCAAAUGGUUCCACGGAGAUGAUCAUGGCAACAGCUCAAGACAUGCUUGAUGGGUCGGUUUUGUUGAUGCUGUUUUCCACUCUGUUUCAAGGCCUAUUUUGAAACUUUGAAACGGUGAUGGAAGGGGAGUAGGAGUUAGGGAUUAGAGCAGGUAUUUAGGGGUGAAGUAGUGUGUAGCAAUGAAUAAUUUGCCCUCUGGCUAAUAAAAAGGUGGCUGCCUAUUGUACUUCCACAUCAUUAAUGUGGUAGUCUUAACAAAUGUGGAUGUGCAGAGCUGUAACUUGUAUAUAUAUCAUUGGAUAAGAUAGUGUAGAAUCUUGGGCAUACUCACA